UGUGUAGAAUGUAAAUCGAUAUUAUAUAAUAAAUAAUAGGGGCCCCAGUAUUGACCCCUGGGGGACCCCACAGAAGAGAGGAGCACUAACGGAGGAUCAUAAGGUCAAAUAAAGUUCACCUGAGAGUCUGGAAUGGUAGAAACGAGUCUGAUAAAAGGUCUUUCAUCUUUAGUCAGGGAGUUAUAACAGUUUAUUUGGUUAUCUAAGACAAGCUGGGGUCACAGGGCUCCAAACUCCAGGCCAGCAGGUGGCGGUAAUCCACUUUAACGUCGGCUGCCAGCCGCCAUUAAAGAGAAGAACGAAGAAGAAGAAGAAGUGCUGCUAACAAUGGCCGCUUCCACGGAGUUAGCGAUGGAUCACCUCCCUUCAGACCCGCUGCUGCACAUUUUAUCCUUCCUGGGCUUCAGGGACCUGGUCCACUGCAGUUACGUCAGCAGGAGGCUGAAUGAGUUGUACAAACACAACCCGCUGUGGAAAACCCUCUGCUCCAAACACUGGCUGCUGACCGAUGCGGACCGGCUGCAGAGCGGCGUGUCCUGGUUCUGCCUGUUCAAACAGUACUACAGGGACCUGGGCCGCUACAUCCAGUACUACCCGGUCCUGAAGCGGGCCUGGGAGCAGCUGAAGAGCUUCCUGCAGCAGCGGUGUCCACGCAUGAUCGCAUCGCUCAAAGAGGGCGCCACAGAGGUGGAGCUUAACGACAUCGAGGCUCAGAUUGGCUGCAGGCUUCCUGACGACUACCGCUGCUCGUACCGGAUCCACAACGGACAGAAACUGGUGAUCCCGGGGCUGAUGGGCAGCAUGUCCCUGUCGAACCACUACCGGUCGGAGGUCCUGCUGGACGUGGAGACGGCGGCCGGAGGCUUCCAGCAGAGGAAGGGGAUGAGGCGCUGCCUCCCGCUCACCUUCUGCUUCCACACCGGCCUCAGCCAGUACAUGGCCCUGGAGCCCGCCGAGGGGCGCAGGAUGUUCGAGAGCUUCUACCCCUGCCCCGAUCAGACGGCUCAGGAUCCUUCGGCCAUCGACAUGUUCAUCACAGGUUCCCGUUUCUUAGAGUGGUUCACGAUGUACGUCCACAACGUCGUCACAGGAGAAUAUCCGAUCAUCAGAGACCAGAUCUUCAGGUACGUGCACGAUAAGGGCUGCGUGGCGACCACCGGUGACAUCACCGUCUCCGUUUCUACCUCCUUCCUGCCAGAGCUUUCCUCCGUCCAUCCGCCGCACUUCUUCUUCACCUACCGCAUCAGGAUAGAGAUGUCGAGCGGCGCGUCGCCUGAAGCCGCCUGCCAGCUCGACAGCCGCUACUGGAAAAUCACCACGUCCGACGGCAACGUGGAGGAAGUUCAGGGGCCCGGCGUGGUCGGAGAGUUUCCGGUCAUGACGCCUGGAAAAGUCCACGAGUACGCCAGCUGCACCACCUUCUCCACCCCGUCAGAGUACAUGGAGGGUCACUACACCUUCCACAGACUGGCCAAUAAAGAGGAAGUUUUCCACGUGGCUAUCCCUCGCUUCCACAUGGUCUGCCCCCCCUUCAGAGAGCCGGUGGUUCGAACGCAGAAGGCGCCGACCGGCUACACCCGCUUCGACGACCACGACGACGACGGCGAGUACUGCGACGGAGACGGCGACGACUUCGGCGACCUGAGAGGAAUCAACAUGGCCGCCUUGGAGGGAGCGUGGUGCCCUCGGCACAUCUGACCUCCGACCCCCACCACCAUCCCUACUGCAGCGUUGUCAAGGGAACCAGACGGACUGUCAGUUAGUCAGGUCUGAUUGAUGACACUAAAACCUCCUGGAUGACCUGAAUGAUUGACAGACAGCAGGGGAUUCUGGGACAUGUAGUACCAACCGGAGCCACGCACGGGACAGAAUCGCGUCGACUUCCAGCUGUCAGUCGAACGAACGAAACAAAAAAUGUGAAUGAGGUGUUUUAUAGAACAGAUCUGCUAGUUUUUCUCGUUGCUAUGUGAAACUGUCUGCUGAGCUCGGACAACGAGGACGGGACGAUGACGUCAUCGUCGUCCUCUUGGCUCAAAGGAUUAUCUGUUAUUUGUGGCGCCCGGGGACACAAAAUGGCCGCCGCCGGUUGCUGCAACUUCCAGUUUACUUUGCCGGCCAAUCGGGAGUGAGCCGGAGCUUUGCCGGACAAUCUGGGAAACGGUGGCGCUUCAUAUUUAACAUUUAGGUCUGAAAUCUGACGCGGGGCUGGCUACGUCAGGUGGAGUGCUGGUUGGUGGGAGACGGACUGAAGGAGGGCAGCUGAUGUUGUGAUAGUUUGUUUUUGUUUGUUCCACACUUUGACAGUUUCAGUGCGGUUAUUUGAUUUCUCCUCGGCUCCCAGAAUCCAGACGAGACUCGAUUUAAAAAUGUCGCGGGCUCUCGCGCCCCAGGUUUCGCCUUCCAGGCUGCGUACAGUCUGCCCUUCCUUAUCGGUAAAGGUCGUGCUGGCCGCGUGCAGCCUGAGAAGAUGUCGUUAGCCGUGCUAGCGGCUACUGACUUGACAAAUAUCGGAAGCAUUAAGUUGAGACGUUCAUGUUCCCCAGAGGAUGAAUCCUACUGACUUCGGUGAUCCUCUCACGUGUCCUCGAGCGCCGCCAUGAGGUCGACAUUUUAAUUUCUCCAACACUUUUGGUUUAUGAUCAAGUUCCUGCAAAACUAAUGACUUUACUGCUAAUUUAAAAAUGUUAGCAUGCUAAAACACUAAACUAAGAUGAUUAGCAUUAGCAUUAGCGUAACGUUAGGGUGCUGAUGUUAGCGUUUAGCUCAAAGCGCAGCCUCGGAGCUCCUAGCGUGGCUGUACACUAAGUCUGUUACUCUUAUUGUGUGGUGACGUCACGUCUGCUCGACCAAUCGUGAUCGAUUGGCCGCUGAAACGCAGGAAGUUGUCCCUGAAGCGAACGGAGAUCAGUGGAAACGACAGCGGACGACGUGGCUACGCGUUACUUUAAGUUCCUGCAGUGGAAAAGGGUUUAACGGUGGUUUUCCUUCAUAUUUCCCAGAGUCGUUACGCACCACGUGAAGUCUUUAUUCCUGCAGAGUGUGAUUAUCUACGAGAACCUGGGGUUUUAGUUUGUGCAGAAGAAGAGGAGCGUUUCCUGCUCGUGUCUCGUGCUUCACACUGUUUUCUGAAACUUGUGUUAAUCGCAUGAAGCAGAUUUCUUUCUUCUGUGUGUCGGGGGCGGACGUGUCUUCGCUCUCUGAUGUGAUUGGUGGGUUUGUUUUGUAUGUUUGGCUAAAUAAACAACAAAUAUUCAUUGCC